GACGUUACCUCGGAUCCUUCUGGAACGAACCUUAUAAGUCAACAUUCUAUGGCUGUCUGACAUGUUACUCCGUACCUAGUAACUUACUCAUACCAUGAUACCUUAGCAGACAUGUCUCAUGCGGGAUUUGAUCGGCAGGGUCGGAUCGGGUCGAUUGGACCGGGAUAAAGCUUAGAUCCCGAUCUUGUGGUUCUAUAUGGGAUCGCAAGGAGCUCAGCUCAGGCUCCUGGCAACGGCUGCUGGAAUCGGCACAUCACGGGCUUUGAAGCAGCAGCAUACAAGUGAAGAUGCACCCAUCAUGUUUGGUAUCAAAGUGAACGGAAAUGAGAAGUUAUUUGAUCAUCUAAUUUCAUAUUUCUGGUAUUCGACAUGGCUAAACCCACCCUUAUCUUCGCCCCAGGCGCCUGGUAUCCUCCCACAGCGUUCGACCCCGUUAUUGAAAAGCUGCCAGGCUAUCGCUGUCACACUGUUGCCUUUCCGUCCAUACAACAGGCAACCACUGUUCAAGAUCUCCAUUCAGACAUCAACAUUGUCCGGAGUCUCGUGCAGCAAGAGGCUGACAAUGGCCACGAUAUCCUCGUGGUCUCACACAGCUGGUCCGGCCUUCCCGUGAAUAGUGCACUGGACGGACUGGGCAAAGCGAAGCGUGAAGUAGCUGGCAAGUCUGGCGGAGUGAUCAAGCUGGUUUUCCUUGCAGCCUUCCUGCCUGAAGUCGGUGAAAGCCUACUGGGAGCUUUUGGUGGAUUAGCUCCCGAAUGGUAUAUCCAUGAUGAGAUUAUCAACACCAUCACCGUGAGAGAUCCCGUCCAGGUUUUAUUCCAUGACGUUUCGGAUGGUGGAUCAUGGGCGCAGUCUUUACGGCCUCAUGCUUAUGUUACUCACACAACACCCGCGACCGAUGCAGCUUACUUGCACAUCCCAUGCAGCUAUAUGCUCUGCGAGGACGAUCGAGCUAUUCCUUUGUUUGUGCAAGAAAUGAUGGUAGACAGAGCCCGGGCCAAGGGCGCUCGGUUUGAAACCGAGAAGGUCAAGACGGCGCAUACGCCGCGGUUGGCAGACCCGGAGAUGGUAGCUGCAUAUCUUAGGCGACAAGCAGGGGAGAUAGCCUGAGCGGGAGGGUGAUCUGUUGCAGGGCCUUAUCUUUCAUGUUCCGUAUGUAUUACGACAUUAUUCAAUAAAGGCUCCCCAAGCCGACCAGGAUGGAGGCACUAAUGCGUGGUUGGGUCAUAUCUGACUAUUCUGGC